GCGAGGUCUCCCGGGCGAGGCUGGGGCCGGAGGCGGGUUGGGGCUUGCCCGGGGAGUCGGUGCGCUGGGCUUGGCUCAGCCGCGGCCUUGGACCGCGACGGGACUGCGUCGGGGACCCUCGACGGAUGUCCUCUGAAAGACUAAUCCAGAAUGGCUACUCUGAUCUUUGUUGAUAAGGAAAAUGGAGAACCAGGCACCCGUGUGGCUCCUAAGGAUGGGCCGAAGCUGGGGCCUGGGCCUUCGGUCAGAGCCCUAGAUGGAAGAUCUCAGGUUUCAACACCCCGCGUUGGCAAAAUAUUUGAUGCUCCACCAGCCUUACCUAGAGCUGCCAGAAAGGCUUUGGGAACUGUCAACAGAGCUACAGAAAAGUCAGUAAAGACUAAUGGACUCCUCAAACAAAAACAGCCAAGCUUCUCUGCCAAAAAGAUGACUGAGAAGACUGUUAAAGCAAAAAGCUCUGUUCCUGCCUCAGAUGACAUCUAUCCAGAAAUAGAAAAAUUCUUUCCCUUCAAUCCUCUAGAUUUUGAGAGUUUUGACCUGCCUGAAGAGCACCAGAUUGCACACCUCCCCUUGAAUGGAGUGCCUCUCAUGAUCCUCGAGGAGGAGAGGGAACUUGAGAAGCUGCUAGAGCUGGGUCCCCCCACCCCUGUGAAGAUGCCCUCUCUGAUGUGGGAGUCUACUCUGUUGCAGUCUCCUUCAAGCAUUCUGUCGACCCUGGAUGUUGAAUUGCCACCUGUUUGCUAUGACAUAGAUGCUUAAAUUCUUAGUGCCUUAUAGUUUGUGUAUAUUUUUUUGUAUCAAUAAAGCAAUUCUUUAUUAAACUUUUCCUAAUAUUA